AUGGCAAUACAGCCGAGACCGUUAGAGCAUAGCAUCUGUUUUGAUCUUGCCCUCCAGCGUUUCAUGCCACCACUUCAUGGAUCCAUUACUCCUCUCACAUGCUUGUACGGCAGUUGCUUUUGUGAGUGCACGCUUGAUUGUCAUCCUUCGAACAUGUUCCAUAGAAGGCCAGUGAUGGAGCUUGGGCCCUCGACCUGUCACCGUCGGGUCUUUUAA